CCGCCCACUGCAGGCUCCGCCCCUGGCUGCUACUCUCCCACUGCCCUAGCAGGCCCUCCGCAGGCUGGGGCUCUUGGUCUCCGAGGAGCAGGUGCCGUCACCCCCAAGGCUCCAGCAGCAAAUCAGGGCGUUCAGUGGGGCCCCCAGGUUGCGGUUGGGUUGCUCGGGUCCUGGCUUCAUCUUGACUUGCAGCUGUGCCCGCAGGAAGGCUCUUGGAGCUGGGUUUUGCGGGGUGAGCAGGAGUUGGAGGGGCGGGGCCUCAUACCCCAGGUUCUAUCAGCCACGCCCAGGCUCCCCUGUCUCCCCAUCACCUGUCCCCGAACUGAUCUUGCUUGGUGUCUGUACUUCCGCUGUGACGCAUCCCACACGCAAGGAGAGGCCAGGAGCAGAGUCCCUCAGCCUAGCAGGGACCCUGGCGGGGGGACUUGGAAACCAGGUGCAGAGGGUCCAGCAGAACCUUCGUCCCUCGGUGUCCGCGGGUGAGGCCUCCAGGCCCCUCAGGGAUAGCGCGGCCUCUCUGUGGAGGAACGUGGGAUUUGCCCUGAAGCCAAGCCUGCCCUCCCGGGGCCUCUUCAUCCUCCCUAGGUGACGGCGCUCCCAGGAGAAGAUAUUCCAUGUGUGGAGUUGUUACGCUAUCUCUAGGAAUGACAGGAGGCUUGGGCUGCGCGCCUGUAACUCCAGCAUUCUGGGAGGCUGAGGAAAGAGCAUGGUGACCCUGGCCCCUACCUUGGAUGGGCAGCGAUGCAAGAGCGGUCGGAGGAGCUGUGGCACCAGGUCCUGGCAGCCCCAGUGCUGACCGGAUGACUGCCUACCUGCCCAGGUCCUGGUGUUUCGAGUCCAGCCCUGGAUCUACUCCCCGACCUUCCCCGCGGAAGGUUUCGCCGCAAAGAUUUCUCCUUCAGCCGUUGUCACUGGGGUGUCAUCCACGACGACAGCCACCGACGCGGCCACUCAGGGACCACAUCCCGGAAGGCCGGGCCCUCAUCCACCGGCUCACCCCAUCCUGUCUCGGUUCCACCCUGGCACCAGGGCCUGAGUCGGGGCGCAGCGUGGGGAGAACCCCAAGGCCUGGGGACCCGAGUGGGCCCGGCUCGGAAGCCAUCCCGAGAGCUGGGGUUCAGCGCCGGCCAAGACUGAGGGUGCGAGCCGGGCCAGGGGACCGGAGGACAGGAGGACCGGCGACAUCCCCAUCCAGCGGAGCUCGGGGCUCCGGGCCUCCGCCACCUCUGGACACCACCACCAGCCGCUCCUCAGGCGCAGGUUCUGGGUUCUGCUCGCUGCCUCAGCGUCCAGCAGAGGGAGCAGCGGCGGGGAGACUGGAUCCUAGGACCGCAAGGCGGGGCGGGGCCGUGGCCUGUGGGGGCUGCGGUGGACAGGAUCUGGUGGCUCUCAGGGAAGAUGUCAGCCCUUGAGCACUGCCCUUUUGUCCCACCCCCAUGGAACCCAGGCACCCCCAGCCUCCCCUUCCUUGAUCGACUGUCCGAUCUCUGUGUCCCAUCCUCCCUGACCACCCCCACUUUUUUUGUGGGACUGGGGAUUGAACCCAGGACCUACCCACCGAGUUACAUCUCCAGCCCUUUUUCCAG